GGCGCGGAGCGAGGAGCGAGGAGCGAGGAGCGCGGAGCGAGGAGCGCGGACAUGGGCCCGGGGUUGCGCCGCGCCGGCCGCCGCUGCUGCUGCCUGUGGCUGGGCCUGCUGGCGCCCGCCCUGCUGGCACACGGCCCGCGCGUCCACGAGUACCUGUACUUCCAAGUGCUGAGCCCCGGCGACAUCCGCUACAUCUUCGGCGCCGCCCCGGCGAAGGACUUCGGGGGCGUCUUCGACACCCGCUACGAGCAGAUCUACCUGGUGCCGGGACCCCCCGAGGCCUGCGGCGAGCUCGGCAACGGCGUCUUCGUCCGGGACCAGAUCGCCCUGGUGGAGCGCGGAGGGUGCUCCUUCCUCAUGAAGACCCGGGUGGUGCAGGAACACGGCGGGCGGGCCGUGAUCAUCGCCGACAACGCCUACGACGACGACAGCUUCUACGUGGAGAUGAUCCGGGACGGCACCCGCCGCACGGCCGACAUCCCCGCCCUCUUCCUCCUGGGCAGAGACGGGUACAUGAUCCGCCGAUCCCUGGAGCGGCACGGGCUCCCCUGGGCCGUCAUCUCCAUCCCCGUCAACGUCACCGGCAUCCCCGCCUACGAGCGCCUGCAGCCGCCCUGGACCUUCUGGUAGCCGCCGGGCGAGGGGCGCGAGCCUCCGGGACGCUUCCCGAGACCCCCCCCCCGCCGGCGCGGCCCGGGGGCCCGGGCGGCCCCUCCGUCCGU